AUGUGGCUGGAUAAUGACAUUCAAAGCGCUGAUGAAGGAAGAGUGGUCGGCAGAAAGGCAACUUUAGUCACCUCAAGAAAUUGUCCUGAAACAUACUGUUGCCCUCACUGUACAUACAACACCGUAGAUCACUCGGAGUACCUUGACCACCUCCGAACUCACAUGGAAGGAAAGACCUUUUCAUGUCCACAGUGCUCUUAUAAGACUCUUGUCAGUUCAAAUUUUAAGAGGCAUAUUCAAAUUCACACUGGAGAAAAGCCUUAUUUUUGCCCGUAUUGUCCUUACAGAUCAAAUGAGAAGGCUAAAGUGUGGCUGAGUAAUGACAUGCGAAUGUCCGGAGCUGCAGAAGUUGCAGGAGCGAGAAACAUAGUCAUCAACAACAGAAAAAUGCCCAAAUUCUACCAGUGUCCGAGCUGUACCUUCACUAGCUCAAAUCGUUCCCAUUUUGCAGAUCACUAUCGCACUCAUACUGUUGCAGUAAACUAUAUUUCUACCACUGUUAAUUUCUGUAGUGAAUUUCUGGGUUUUGAUAUAGAUGACACGAACUGUGUUUACCUGUUUAAAAGUGCAUUUACGUUCAGCUGGGUGUGGCGAGAUACUGACACUCAAAUGCUUGAUGGGGGAGGCGUCGCCUGGAACCUCAACUGCAGACUGCCAACAAGUCCAAUCUUAAGAGACACAUGCGCACUCACACGGCAGAGAAUUUACACCUUUGACCUCUUGUGCUUGUUGAGAGUGUGGCUGGACAAUACCAGUCCUUCCCUGGGCGGAGUGGAAGGCAGCGGCAUGGUCUCGGACGGGGGUCGCUUCGCCUACCCCAAGAAAGGACCCAAAGUCCACCAGUGCCCGAGGUGCCCCUUCGCCAGCUCGAACCGAUCUCACUUCGGCGAUCAUUACCGAUCCCACACAGGGGAAAAGCCCUUCGCCUGCUCGGAGUGUCCCUACCGCUCGGGGGACAAAUCCAACUUCAAGAAACAUCUGCGGAUACACACUGGAGAUAAGCCUUUCAAGUGUCCGUAUUGUCCUUAUCGGUCCGUCCAGAAGAGCAGUCUCAAGGUGGGGCCGGAGAACCUCAGCCUGCCUUGGGGAGGACCUCCUGCUGCGUCGACUAGGCUACACUGCUGUCCAUUCUGCCCGUAUGCCACGAAAUAUACCACCAACCUAAAGAACCACAUCCACGGGCAUACGAGGGAGAAGCCAUACGCCUGCCCGCACUGCCCUUACAGGUGUAUUCAGAAAGGGAGGUUGAAGAUUCACAUAAGAAUGCAUACGGGAGAAAAGCCGCUUUGUUGCCCCCACUGCCAGUACCAGACAGCCAAUAGCAGUAAUCUGAAAAGGCACAUACUGACUCAUAGCAUUAGGAACACGAUGCCUUAG